AUGUCUCCACGAUAUACCGUCGCCGAUUCUGAUUCAGAGUCAGAGCCUGACCAGUCGGCGACACCGCCGCACCCCUCCGACAAGGAACUGGAGAGAGCUUUACGCGAGGCAGUCGCCAGAAUCUUCAAGACAGGCAAGAUGGAGGAAUUGACGGUUAAACGCGUUCGAUUGGCGGCUGAGAAAGCUUUAAAAUUACAAGAAGGCUUCUUUAAAUCGAAUGACGAUUGGAAAGCCAGGAGCGACACGAUAAUUAAAGAUGAAGUGGAAGCACAAGAUGCCGCAGCGCAGGAUUCAGACGCAGACGAGGGGGGAAACAAGAGAGCAAAAACGUUCCCCUCAAAGCCUACUAAACGAGCCAAACCAAUGGCCUCCUCGAAAUCCCGUAAACGCCGCAAGACGAGUACAGAGAGCGAUGGAAAUAGCGAUGGAAAUAGCGAUGUUGAUGACGAGGAUACAGAGGGCGUGACAACCACAGAAACAAAGCUUAAAACAACGCCGAAACCCGAGUCUAGCUUGGCCAAGAAAAAGGCUGCAGAUGACUCUAAUGCAAGUAGUAAAAACACAAAGUCAUCGAAACCAGAGGCAGAAGCGGAUGGCGAUUCAGAGAGUGAGAUGUCAGUUGUCUUAGAUGAAGAGCCUCAACCAAAGCGUCAACGACAAAAAAAGAGCACCGGGACGACAUCUGCAAAGGGGAGGAAGAAGGCGCCCACGAAAGCAAAGGAUGCGGACGUUGAUCCCAACCAGGCAGAGAUCAAACGCCUGCAAGGUUGGCUGAUCAAGUGUGGUAUCCGUAAAAUGUGGGCACGGGAACUGGCUCCAUACGAUACACCCAAGGCGAAGAUCAAGCAUCUCAAGGACAUGCUGAAAGACGUGGGUAUGGAAGGGCGGUACUCGUUGGAGAAGGCCAGGCAGAUCAAGGAGGAACGUGAACUGCGGGAGGACCUUGAGAUGGUUCAAGAAGGAGCGAAGCGCUGGGGUAAAGACACUGCAAAUGAUGACAGUGACAGCGGUCGUCGUCGGCGCAUGAAUCGAGGCCGAAAGGCCCUCGCAUUCCUAGAGAGUGAUGGAGAAGAAACCGAUUGA